CAAAAAUUACAAAUUCCAGAAAUAGGCAGUGAAUUUCUAACAGUAGAGAGCUUCAAGAAAGCUGGUGGUCAUACUCCUUUUGUUACCUUGCAGUAUAUAAUAGAUGGUAAAUACAGAAAUAACUAUAAUAUUACUGAAGAAACUCAAAAAAGAAAAAAAUACACAAAACAUCAGAGCUGUCCUGUUAUUUUAAAGGUUAUUUUGAAUAAAAAUAAUGUUUGGGUAGUAUAUUUUUAUAAAGACCAACAUAAUCAUGAACUUCUUCUCCUAUCACAAGUUCACUGUUUUCAUCAAUAUCAGAUUCCCAAAAUAGAACAAAAAGAGCUAGUUAAUAUAAUGCUUAGAAGUAAAGCACCAACUCGAUCAAUUGCUAAUGCAAUAUAA